AUGCAAGCGACGAUGGGGACGAGUCGUGAGCAACGGAGAGAGCGGGCACUGGUGCUUGCUCUCGCCCUCCUCGUCUCGGCGUUCGCGCUCGUACAGUGCGCGGGCGUCGACGACGGGGAGAAGGAGGGCGGAGGCCCGGCAGUGGCAGAGCCCGAGACGACGGGGCAGACGCUGCCGCCCGGGUGGACCGGUGACUCGGGGUCCGCGCAUGGGUCGAGCCCUGGCGGUGGUUCAUGGGAGUAUGGAUGGAGCUGGGCUGCGGGGCCUGAUGGCAAGGGAGGAGGGUCCGGGUUUGGUUAUGGUGGAAGUGGAGGCGAAGGUGGUGGUGGUGGAGGAGGUGGCGGUGGCGGUGGCGGAGGUGGAGGGAGUGGAAAGGCGUUUGGUUUUGGCAUUGGCGGGUAUAAAGGCCAUCAUGGCAGCUUUGGAGGCGGCGGUUCUGGCAGCUACGGUGGUGGCAGCGGGGGUGGCUUUGGCAGCGGCGGUGGCUUUGGAGGCGGCAACGGUGGUGGCUUCGGCAGUGGCAGCGGCGGCUACGGUGGUGGCAACGGGGGUGGCUUCGGCAGUGGAGACGCUGGUGGGUUCGGUGGUGGUCAGCAUGCUGGAGAAGAUGGGAACGGCGGUGGAGGAUAUGGUGGCCGUGAUGGCUCUGGUGGUGGAUACGGCAGCUCCGGUGCUGGCGCCGGAGAUGGUGAUGAGCUUCAUGGUGUAUCUGGCGGGAGUGGCGACGGAGGUGGGGCUGGGUAUAAGGGCAAGGGGCUCUUCAGCGGUGGAGGCUGGAGCAAGCGUGGCCAUUUCCGCGGCGGGAGGUCGGCACCAGCACACAAGGACGGUGGCGGCAACAAAUGA